CAUAUUUCCAUUAAAAGAUUUCUUUCUUAGUUUUUUCUUUUUCUCUACCAUGAUUUUGCAUAUUUAUCUUUCUAUUACAAAAUAAACCUCCAGAAUUAGUCAAUUAAUAACUCGUUACGAGUUAUUUGAAAACAUAAUCAAUUUUUAAUCUUUUGUAAUAUAUACAAAUUUAUAACAUGUUUGUCAUAAUAAAUGUUGAAACUACUAUUUACACACUCUGAUAUAAUUAAAAUUUUUGUCAUAAUAAUAAGAGCGAACUUACAUCUGUGUGACACCGGUUGCAGAUAGCAAGGAGCAGCAUUAUGUGUAUGGGAAAGCAGCCGUAAAUGCGAUAGUGAGGUAUAAGGCAAAAUCGAGUGUUUUCCCUACCUCGUAAUGAGUAAGAUAUGGACAGGUGUAUAUAUGUGCAAAAAGGACAGACACAGUAACUAGUGGCGCCAUCUACGGGCAAGUAUUCAAUAUGAAUUGAUUAGUAGCUUCAAAGUUGGAUAAUCAGUUGUAAGAAGUUUAUAUUACCAAUGAAAGAUAAGUACAAGAAAACAGAUUAAAGAGUGAAAAAUUAGGUAUGGCGUCAAGACGGAUGCGCCGGAAGCCGCAUACGGCUUCGCUUUGAGAUAAAAAUGAAUGGGACCUUAUUAAUAUGUUGCAAGAAUCGUAGAAAGAUGCAAUUCCGUCGAUGGUGAAUUCGUGUCUCCGAUUUACAUGCCCUAAACCUACGACAUUAAACAGUCUACGAAUUAAGUAUUAAAUUAUCUUAUCACCGAUAGUUUUUUUUCUUAUCAUCCCUUGAAUCAAUGUUCAAGAAAUCAAAAUUAAACAUAAUAUGGCUGAUCCAACAAUACAAACGUUCUGCUGUCAUCACUCAAAUAGAACAGAUAUGGCUAUUGUAGUUAUGCAAGAAUUCAACACGGAUAUAUACAAUACUGUAUGCAUGCUCUCAUCCAUGGUAGGAAUCCUGGGUGCAGUAUAUCAGAUAAUACCAAAAGAAGAAUCUAAUCUGCCUCACCGAUGGCAAAAUUUCUCUUCCUCCAGAGGACGAGAGAUUAUUAUAUGGCUUGCGAUUGCUGACCUUUUAGCUUCGUUAGGUGUAUUCAUAAGAUCAGCACUUUGGAUGAACUUCAAAUCUAUAAUGCCAAUGGAGGAUGAUACUUCCAGUGUCGUUUUCUGUGCACUUUCAUCGGCUUGGACACAAUAUUUUUAUAUGGCAACAUGGAUCUGGACAUUAUGCUAUGCCAUAGAUAUGAAGUUAUUGCUUGGCGAUAGAUCCGGACAUCCAACAUGUUACCAUGCAUUUGCGUGGAUAUGUCCAGCAAUUCUUACAACAUUUGGUUUGGCAAUUUUAUAUAUACCAGAUGCAAACUGCCACAAUCUGACCUCUUUAUCCACUGCCAUACUACGUAUAUUACCAAAUUAUUGCGCUACCUAUGUAUUAUUAGCGGUAGUUAUGAUUGUUAAUCCUGUACUAUAUUUUGCGUCGACGCGAGAUCUCCAAACUGCAGUUACUUGCAGUCUGGCUCAAAUAACAGGCAGGGAAAGAAAAUUGGUGCAAACAAUAAGGCUUAAGUUUGCGUUGACUAAUGUAGUAUAUUAUGUGUGCUGGUUGCCAAAUUUGAUCAAUGGUAUCUUAUUAUGGACUUUAUGGUUCCAAUUGCCAAUUAAAACCAUUAUAACUCUGUGGUAUAUAAUGGCUGUUACAAAUCCUUUACAAGCGUUUUUCAACGCACUCGUAUAUAAGCGAUGGGGCAAAAGAGAAAAGUUUCGGUUAGAAUGCUGCCAAAAGUUAGGCAGCUUUAAUAUAAGUCAGAUAACAAAAACAGACACUGGUGUACGAUUAACUGAAUCUUCACCAUUACUGGAUCCAAAAUUCGGAUGCCCUCCUCACACGAGCAUAAACGGUUCUUCUUCGUUUUGAAAACUGUGAUAAAUUGAAUUUACGGAGUGCCUUAUAUAUUAUUUUUAAACGGAGUUAUAUUUUUGUAAUAUGCUCAAUCGUCAUCUUGCAAUAUAAAGAAAUUUGACAAGGAUAACGCUAAAUAUACAAAAUAUUUUGAGAUUUUCUGAUGAAGAUUUGCCAAAAUGUUGUAUUAGUAGAAACAAGAAAACAAUACUGAAAUAAGGAAUCAAUAAUAAUUCAAACACAACAAAUGUUACAUGUAUCAACGUCGACAUGAAACUAAUUCACACAUAUAAAAUUAUCAUUGCCCAGUUAUUCUUCUCCUGUAUCAUGUUAAGAUCAAGGUUAUUGAUAUUUCUGAAUAUUUAUUAAUAAGAUAUUAAUAUAUGAAACGCUAUUUUCUUAUUUUUACUAAUAAAACAUAGUGGCAUAACCUGGAUAGAAAAUUUGUAAAUAUAGGAAUUGUAUGUGUAACACAAUGAAUUUUUUAAAAAGUAAUUUUAUAAACAUAAGGAGUAUUAAUAGUUUCCCAGAAAAGUAUUCUCUGAAUAGAUUCCUUCAGGAAUUAUUGUACAAUAUAAAGCUUUACUGGAAAAAAUAUUUUUUUUUGUAAUGUAAAGUACUUUUCUUUGAUAAGCAGAUUUGUUACUUGUUAUAUAUACAAGAGGCUUUAUUUUCUACACAUGUAAGGAGAACAAGUAUAUACAAUACUAUUGUUUAAUCAAUUUAGCUUUCUUUUGUUUUGUACAUCUAGUGUUUCUUAGGCUGUUUAUAAAUUACAAACUAUUCAACUUGAAGCACUCAGAUUUGCAUGAAUAUAUAUAAUAUAUAAAUAUAACGGACAUCACAAUUUAAAAAUUUAUCGUUACGACAGUCACUUUGUUAUGGUUAAUAAGGAGCACCUCUAAAAAAUAUGUGUAUCUCAGAAAAUAGUGCAUGUAGAAUCUUGAAACACAUAUCUCGAUCUGUUCUCUUGUUUUUUUUUGUUGUUUGUUUUUUUCUUUUUUUAAUUAACAGACUUUUAUUCGUACAAGAUCUCUGACUUUAAUAAAAAAAGUUUUUAUGUACAUUACUAGUAACAAGUGUUCGUAGAUUUUCACAUUACCCACGACAUCACACAUCUUGUUUUUACAAAUAAUGUCAACUAAUUUUUCGAGCAGUGAUCUCUUCUGUGUUAGCACCAAAAAUUCUAUGUAAAUACGACGAUGAUUUAAUUCUGAAUACGAAGCGUAACAAAGAAAUACACAGUGUAGAAAAGGUUUUAAUCUGUACAAAUGAAUCAAUUACUGUGCAGACCUGCUAAAUGAAAAUAACGAAGAUCAAACUAUUGAACUGAGUUAUAAAUAACUUCUGACAGAUACAAAGAAAAUUUCUCAAAUAAUUAUAAAAAUACAUAAAUAUUCAUUAUAUCGCGAGUAUUAGAUUAGAAUAAACUAAAAAAAGAAAAACAAAAAUUAUUUAUAAUUCAACCCAAUACUUUUAUCGUUCGCUUGUUUUCGCGAAAGAAAAAAUGUGCACCAUUGGAGAUUAUUGACCAAUAAUUUAACAUUAAUCUUGGACUAUGUCUCAUAUCUUACACAUUUAAAUCUAAAUCGUUAUUCUAAAAUGUUAUCAUCCACUUUUUUUCUUCUUCUAAUAUCAGUGUUAAAAAUAGAUUGAAUUUUAAUAAAAUAAUCUUUGAGUAAAGCUAAGUUAUUUGAUCUAUUAGUACUAACUUUAUAAGACUAAUAAUAUAUAAAGAUUCUGUGACUGUAUAAUAACGAAAUGAAUGUUCACGCUUCUUUUUACAUCGCUUACAUACUCUACAUACAGUAAAUUAGGGUAAAUACUGCCAAGUUGAUGUCUAACAUAAGGGUUACCUGGAAGAAUUUACUUUCAAGGUCAAAUCAUUUGUUAGUAAAAUGUAAUCAUUCUUUUUUACUACUGCAAUACAGAACAUAGAGGGCUUAAAUUUGUGGCUUACAGUUACUGAUAAUUUAUGAAAUCUGUUCCAUUAUAAAUUAAAUUGUUCCAUUUAUAACCCAAAGUCUACUUUGUUCAUAACAUUUUCAACCAUAUAUACACUACAUUCCAAUCACAUCUCUUAGCGAUAUAUCCUAAAUUUUGUCAUUCACAUAUUCUUAGUCUUUCUUUUAUUUUAAUGAAAAACACUAUAUGCAUAGAACUCAAUAAACUGUAACAAUACUUGGCAGUCAACUGUUUAAAAAAUUAGCACAAUGAUUAAAUACAAAGCAUCAUGCUUUGUCCACCUUACUAUAAUCUUAAUAUCAUUCAAAAAAACAGCGCAUAUCUUACAAGAAAAAUGGAUAUUUUAGUAAUCUCAUGAAAGUAAAAAAUAUGUAUAAAAUUAUCGUCCUCGUUUUUACAAAUCGUCACUACAUUUUUCAUAAAUUCAAGAGCAUGUCAAGAGUAAUACUAAACAUUCUUUUACUACUAUUAGCAAGUUCAUAAACUAGUUUACUUGUUUAAAAAGGAAAAUAGGAUGAUAAAUUUGAUAAUUUAUUAUGCAGGAGUGUAAAAGAUCCGAUAACGAUAUCACAAUGAUCUUGCAACAAAGGAUUAAUUUUUUAAGUGCAAAAAAUCAAUAUUUUUUACUUAUUAAUUCUAUGUUAAUCAUAAUUAUAAUUUUACAAUAGAUUCUACUUUAAAUGCACGGAUCGUUUGCGCCAUAUAAUAUACGCAAAAUAUAGUGGCAAUAAAAAAUUGCGAAAAUUGACAAACAUGAACGUAAUUAUGUUCCCUAAAUUUUCUUCUUAAAUGUAAUAAAAUAUUAUUUAUCUCGUUCGAUUUGGCACUUUAGCAAAGUAUAUGCAAUUAAGAAAUUAUAUUAAACAAGGUAUUUACCUUCAAGAAUUUAAAGGGUGAAGUAUAUCAUACAAAGAAAGAAAUCGAUGUCCAAUGCAGUGUCUGCCAUCAGGAUGAAAAAUUCGAUGCUCCUAGGGUCAAUGAUGUUAUUUCACGAACGAUCAUCUCGGCGAUCUUCCAUGCUAAUUCUUCUUUAGCCUAAUUAUAUUCAUUCGUUAUAGUUUCAAAGCAAGUAUUCAA